UCUUCCUCUCCAACACUCUUGUCGGAUCCAAAAAAACCUCCCAAAGAUCCGCUAAGCCGCUAUCCCAUCCUACCGCGCGCGUGCGCCAUCGCCAUGUCAUCCUUCGACUCCGUCGCGGCCGUCGCCGGCGACGGCGACGCCGACGACGACGACGUGCUCCCUCCCGCUCCCUUCGACCCCGCCGCCGACGGCGCCCAGGGCGGCCUCGGCGCCCUGCGCCGUGGCCACCGCUUCGCCACGUCCUACUCGUCCUUCGGCACCGCCGCCUCCGAGGACGACCUGGCUGGCGCCGGCGCCGGGACCGACGGCGGCGUCGGCGCCGGCAUUCCCCUGGGCUCGAGCUCGAACGGCGGCGCCGCGUAUGGGUACGGCGGGUCGGGGGACGUGAUGAAUGGCCACGUGGACCAGAUCGGCGACGUCAUGGGUGGCGGCGUGGUGGUCGGCGACGGCGGUGGCAUCGACGACGACCUCUUCGCCGGCGCCGGAGACGGCGACGACGGGCCCGUCCUGCCGCCGCCCGAGGCCAUGAAGGAGGAGGGCAUCCUCCGGCGUGAGUGGCGCCGCCAAAACGCGCUGAUGCUGGAGGAGAAGGAGCGGAAGGAGAGGGAGCGGCGCGGCGAGAUCAUCGCGGAAGCCGACGAGUUCAAGCGAUCCUUCGCCGAGAAGCGCAAGCUCAACGGCGACACCAACCGGGCUCAGAACAGAGACCGGGAGAAGCUGUUCUUGGCGAAGCAGGAGAAGUUCCACGGGGAGGCGGAGAAGCAGUACUGGAAGGCGAUCGCGGAGAUGGUGCCGCACGAGAUCCCGGGGCUGGAGAAGCGGGGCAAGAGGAGGGAGAAGCAGUCGGCGGAGGCCAACGCCAAGGCGAAGCAGCCCGGCGUGGUGGUCGUCCAGGGCACCAAGCCCGGCAAGCCCACCGACCUCUCCCGGAUGCGCCAGGUCCUCAUGAAGCUCAAGCAGACCCCGCCGCCGCACAUGGCGCCUCCUCCGCCGCAGCCAGCGAAGGACACCGGCGGCGACACGGACGCCAACAAGGACGGCGAGGCAGAGAAGGCAGCUGGAGAGAUUGAGAAGAAGGCGGCCGGAGGCGAGAAGGAGGCCGCGGCUGGUCCGCCGGUGACCGCCGCGGCGGCGGCGGAUGCGCAGGCGAACAAGGCGGCAGCCGAGGAGACGGCCAAGAAGUGAUCGGACAAGGCUGCAUUGAUCGACAGCCAAAUUGCUACGGAAUUCGUGGACUCUGAUAAAAUUCAGAAACAGCUAGUAUCAUGCAUGGUUCUCUCUCUCUUCUAUGUUCAUGUUAGAAUAAGAGAUUUAGGCGUAAGCUGUUCCUUUCUCUUUUGCAUUUUUCACAAUUUUGCAUCAUUUAUAUAUUGAGUCGUAGUUAGGUGUGAAUUAUUUUCUCCGUUGUAACGCACGGGCACUCAGCUAGUCACUGUAUAUGUGUGCAGCGAAUAACUCGGUUGGUUGUCAGAUUAUGAGCUGAUAAUCUUCAGUGCCAAAAGCGUUCCUUUGGAUUCGUAA